UGCAGGCAGUGCUGUGGGGUGCAGGAGGUUAAAUGGAAGAGGCGGGCUGAUAGGCUGAGCUAGUUUUUAACAGCACCCACCCCUUUCCUUGUGAUUCAUCAUUAUCAUCUCCUGUACGGACACAGAAAUGGACCCUGGUGUCUUUCUGCUGCAGCCGCCUGUUUACCAUCCGGUGUGUGGGGUGUCAGGGCCUAGGGGAGGGUUAACUAUGUAUCAAUAUCUCUAAAUAUGCCCUGACUAGCUGGAUACAGGAGAGGGGGUUGUUGUGUGUAUCAGGAGCUGAAAUAGUACCAAAGGGACAGAGCACUAUGUAUAAAUAAGCUGCACUCUCUUUUACAGUGCAGUGUUGUGUCACUGCCAGUAUGCUAAAUUACUGCAGGCUGGCUAAGCAUGAUUAGAGCUAUUGCUGCUGGUACUGCAGAGGGAGGGAGGGGGGCAUCCUUGCUUAUAAAGCACUGCUAUUUACGACCAUUGGCAUGCAGGGCAAGUAUGUGUGAGGCAUGGAGGGUGACCUGCACUUGCUUAAAGAGAUCUGAUGGUAAUGACAUUGGCAUUUGUUUAAACAUUUAUUAACAUGCUGGAUGAGUUUCAUUCCUGAUAUGCUGGAAUGUUCUGAAAUGUGUAGACAGAGAAUGCUUUCACUCUAAUGCAAUACUCAUCCCUUUAUACUGUUUAGUAUUGAGAGACUCCUUUAAAAAAAAAAAUAAAAAAAAAAAAAUUUCAAAAUAUAUUUGUGUAUAGCCAGAUUACCAAUUAGGUAGCCUUAGGCAACUGCGUAGGACCCUGGGCUCAGACAACGUUGCUUGUAUUAACAGAUUUGAUUGCUCACUUUUCCCUAUCCUAUUCAGAUUGUAUACCCCAUGUGGAUGGCGUAUUUGUGGAUUUGACUUUGUGUCAUGUCCGUGCACUACCAGCAGUGCCACUGCCAACCCAAUCGCAAGCACAUUUUGGAGACCCUACAAGGAGACCUGUUCAUUGCAGGAAUAUUCAUUGCAAAGAUAUCAUGUAGUUGUGUUAAAGCGGUUCUGUCACCUUCUGUGGUUUUUGCAAAGACCCCUAAUGGUGACAACGCUGCUUGGUAUGCGCUGGCCUGAAAGUGCACCUGAGGUGAGUUGUACUUACCUAAUGCUGUCCCCUGCUCGUGUAGCAAUAUUUCUUCAGCUCCUGGUGCUUCAUCUUCAGGGGCCCAUAGCAGUGCUGUACUCAAACAUGUGCGAGAGUACAGCACUGAUAUUUAUGGAGGUCCCUGCAAGACUCUGGGAUCCUCAAUAGAUAUAAUAUCACAAUAAGCAAGCUAUUGCCUUGUUCCCACAGACGUGACGUGACAAAACUUGACUGCGGUAGUUCCGCAUUUGGUCAAGUUUUGUAAAACUUUAGCAUCCCUGUUUUGUCUCAUAUAUUUUUGACUGCAUUGGUAUUUCAAUAAAAUUACAGUAUAGUUUAUUAAGAUUUCAUGUAAAGUUUAUCUUUAUGAAAUGCUCAAAAUUAGAUUUUAAGAAUACAUUUGCUUGUAAUUCUCCUGACACUAAUAAAAUGUCUCUACAUCACAUUUUAUUAAUUUACUUUAAAAAAAAAUAUAUAUGGUGUAUGUACCUUGACAAGUACACAUUAAGAUGUCUAUUUGCGGGUUCAUUUAAUGGUGUAUGUUGUUAUUGCAUGCAUUAUGUGACUGUCCUUUGGUUAUAUUUGCAGAUUGUUCCCUAUGUCUGCACAAUUUUUGGGGGUCUCUGUCCUGGCAAAAUGAUUCUUAUACAAGGGACUGUUUCGAGCACAGCAAGUAGGUGUGUGACAACAGGUAAUAACCUUGGCCAAUCUGUCCUGUUCUUUUACCAUUCAUAGGACCCAAAUAACUUUAGCCUUAUAGUUUAUCCUAAUUCUCCUAUUUUGUUGGCGUUUACUCACCAAUGUUAGUAUUGUCCCCUUACCCUGUAAAGAAAUAAAAUAAACGAGUAAAGCAAAAAUCUACCUUACACUGUCCUCAAGUUCUCCCUACAGCCUGAUCCUCCUCUGGUGAUAUGCAUGGUGACGACAGAUUUCCAACAUGCACAGAAUUGGCACUAGCCAACCCAGAACUCUCAUUCCAGGCUGGCUAAUGACACUGCCGAAGGUGGAGUUACACCUCCAGCAUAACUCUAUGUGCAUCUCUUAAAAACGUUGCCCAUACAGGCUCUAAGCACCAUGAACACUUCAAAAUACUGAAAUGGUUAUAGAACUUCGAGUAGCUCUUUAAAUAUCUCCCCAUGUAGAACCAGGAUAUGUAACUUGGGGUUAUAGUUAUGAGGUCACCCAAGUAAAGACUGUACACAUACAGGGGUAUUUACAAACAUGUUAAUUGUCUGCAAUAUAAAUGAAAUUUUUUUUUAGGCCAAAUAUAGUUGGCUUGCAGUAUUAUUCCUGUUUGCCUAUUUUAAACUAAAAUGUAAAAGUGCAGUUUGAAUUUCAGGCAAUUAUCUCUCUAGUGAACAAGCAAAUAUAAGAAUGUCUGGUGUAUCUAUCCAUUUGAGAAUUAAAGAAAUUGUUCACUGGGAAAAAAAUCCCCUUGAACACUGAAUGUAUUUGGAUACCUCUUUCAUUUUCAGUUCUUACACGUUUGCAUUUUUACAAUGUUACUCAUUACAUGAGAAUCUGCAGUAUUAGAUUUAAAGAAACAGUGAAACAAAAAUUACCCUGCAUUUAAUAAAAUGGUGUGUAUCUCAAAGUACAUGACAUUUCUUUUAGCCCAUGCUAGGAGUAACCUGUUGUUGUAACCUGUACUUCCAUUAGAGAGCAAAGACUAAAAAUAGAUUAAUGGUUUCCCAUUUUACAUUAUAUGUAUAAUCAGACUAUAGACUUUGUGAGGCCCAAGUUAAGGUUUAAUUACAAAGCUCUCUAGUCCUCUAAUUAGGACCUUUUUAGACCCAAUCUUUUAUGUUCUCGCAUUCCCCUAAACCUCUGCACAAUUUUCCUUGCCACAAAACAAUAAUACAGGUGGUCCUCACUUUGUGACCUACCUGUUUAACGAUGACUCGCACUUACGACCAGCUCUCUAGCAUUAGGAUUCACGUUAGAGAGCUGGUCUAUGUUCCGGGAAUUUUCCCCGAACAUAGAUUAGAGGGAUUCCCUGCUCUGGUGCGUAUGUCUACGUUCAAUGAAUUUGAGGGAUUCCAUGCUCUGCUGUGAAAUUUCCCUGAACUUAGACAUACGCACUACAGCAGGGAAUCCCUCUAAUCUAUGUUCUGGGAAACUACCCUGGACAUAGACCUGCACUGGUGCGCACGCACCUCACUUACUGACCAAUUCUUUUUACGACCUGGUCGUAAGAACAGAACCCGGUCGGUAAGUGAGGAGUGUCUGUAAUUACAAUACAUCCAAUGACGAUAGUCUGAUUCCAAAUGGACAAAAUCCGGUGAAAACUACCAAAUUCUGACCACACAGGCAAUUCUUGUCAAAUUUGUUUUAGUGAAAAGUUUUCAUUUUUAACAAUAAUCAUUGUAAAACAUUGAAAUAUAUGGAAUAAAUAAUACAUAUAACUCAAACAAACCAAAAGAAACAGGGGGGAGGAAUUAUCCAUCCAUUAUAAAGUUGAUAACAUAUGCUUUAUGAAAAACAUUAUGUAGUGUCAAAUAAGGUGUAAAAGCAUUUUACAUGCACUGGCGAUACAUAGUAUAUAAACCGUUGCAUAUACAAAAAGAACAAGAGUUAAAGGAGAGGCACAUAAACUACAAACCAGUAAAAAUGUCAUCAUAAAGAGUAUUUUCGUUUGACAUAAUCCUCCCAUAUGUUCCAGUGGUAAGUUAAUGAUUUUGUUGUGUUUGUUUGGCAAUCUGAGGUGCAUCUCAUAGCACUUAUUCUCUAAGGCCAAUGUUAAUACCGCUUUAACAGCAGGAACUACGUCAGACCUUUAAUAACGUGGUAUUACCAUAGUGGUCGCUAUCAAGAUGUUGUCUACCGUUAUCUUAUCCACGUUGGUAAAGUUUUCAGGAAACUACUUGAAUAUAGUACAUUUCCUUCCUGAGUUAUCAAUGUAAUUUUUUUUUUUUUUUCUAUUUGGGACUUCUGUAAAUGGGUAUACUUGUAUACAUAGGAAAUUCUCUGAUUUACCAAAGCUAGAUAUGGUCAGGAUUCAUUCGAUCUGAUAGAUUCUGUAAUAUUGAUUUAGAUGCGUUUGGAAAAUCGCUAAUAUCUGAAUCCGAACCAGUCUACAGCAGUGGAAUCCGAUAUUUAUCAACAACCUCGUGACCACGAUAACCCAAAUGCAUCAUCAAAUAAUCAUUCACUCGGUUUUUGCUAGCUAGCGCAAGCCGUCAGAGAGCAAAUUGUUAAAACCCUUUUGCAGCAUUUGCGAGCCGCCACAUGAAAAAGUAAAUCAAUAGAAAGCCUAUGGGGUCAAUAAGACCCCCAUAAUACUUUAAUAGAAGUAUAUUGCCUCAAUAUGUCCCUUUCUGCCACCCAUCAGGUAGGGGAAUAUCUAUUGAACAUUUAAAACUUGCAACUGGGCAGCCAUUGAAAUGUGAAAUAACUGGGGAGAGGUAGUCGCCCCCAUCCGUGGGCAUCGGGUGGGUGAUGCUUUACAUUUUAGGGGUGGGGGGCCUAUUGUCCUCUUCCCUGGCUUCCAUUGAUGCCGGUGGGUAGGGGCCUGAGUAGGUAUAAUAGAGGGGGCAGGGCCAAAAAAAAUUUCCCUCCACCCCCCAAAAAAAAUCCUGCCAGAAAAUAAAACUCACACUGCAACAAAAAAAAAAAAAUUUCACCAAUGGAGGGCUCUAUGCAGAAUGAGUGCUUCUAGCAGGGAAUGCCCUUUUUAAAGGCGUUCCCACUCUGACUGGUAUCGCAAAGUGUCCGAAAACUUCCCACACUUUGCAAUAUGACCAAGUGCUCUCUGAUGGGUUGGCUUGUAAUUGAACCAAAAAGAGUGCUCUUACAUCCAGAUAUCACCCCCUUAUAUUAUAGUUAAUUAGGGUCUCUUAGUGCAUGCAAAGGGAUGGAACAAUGGCUCCCCGUUAUUAUACAUAUUAGGGCCCUCACCUGCCGACAUCAGGGGGUCCAAGGGAGCGGGCACUAGAUUCCCCCCCUCCCCCAUUCUUUAUUGUAAUAGGGUCCCCACCCGCAGGCUAGCCUGAUUUGGGGCCAGGGAGGAGACAUUUGUCCCCCUAUUAUACAUAUUAGGGCCCCACACACCAAAAUGGGUAGAGGGGAGGGGACAACUAUGCCCCGUUGUUAUUUCUCAGGCCCCGUGGGGUCAUUUCUAAUAACUGGGCAGCAAUUGCUGAUCCAUUUCUAAUUUUAAAUGUUCUGAAGACAUGCCCCCAUCUGCUGGCCUAGCUUUACAAUUUAUUUUGCUGUUCAGUCAAAUUACUAUGAAGUGUUGAUCUGUGAGAAUGUGACGUGCAUUUCUGAGAAGCAUCGUUGUGUGAAUGUAGGGAGUAUUUUUGUAGAGUGUCAGUAUGUGAAUGUGUGGUGCAAUGCAAAUGAUGGUCGGUGAACAAAUGUCAGGUGUAUUUCUCUGAAAUGUUAGUUUGGCAUAUGGUGGUACAUUACCUUCAUUUUAAUGUGGCAACUAGCUAGCAAAUGCUGGACACCCACCAUAAAAUUAAAACUUGCUCCACCAAGGGUUUUUUCAUUAUUUGCCUGGUGGCAAAUAAUUUGGUUUGGGGUUUUGUUUUUUAAAUACUGGAUCAAAGUUGAAUUUGAGCCUGGAUUUGCCUCACUCAGCCCCGAUUUCAUCCGUCCAAUGGGGUUUGCCAUGGUUGAAAUACGGACAUUAAUGAAUUCGAUCAACAACAUCCAGACUUUGCAGCCUGAAUGGCCCCAAUUGCAGAUGAAGAGAUUUUCCCCAUUCAGUUGAAGGCAAUUAGGACUAUAGGGAAUAUCAAUAUGGUUGAUUGUUGGUGGGUAUUUUUAUGAAGUUUACGUAUGUGUAUGUGAGGUGUAUUUCUGCUGACUGUAAGUGUGAAUAUGAACUGUAUUUCACUAAAGUGUAUAUGAAUGUGCGGUGUAUUUCUGUGUUAUGUCAGGGUGUGAGGUAUAUUUAUAUUGCAUUUGGAGAUUUGUUACAAACUGCGGUUCGAUUUGAAUUUGGGCCAGUCGAGUGACUAUACAAAUUCCCGAACUCCGAGCAAAAAUGUAGUUAAAUCACAAACCAAACUAAUCACGCAACAAACAAGCGUGUUCGUUUUGUUUCAUGAUUCAGAAUUCGGUCAGUGGUGUUGGGCUUGAAAACAAUAGGUGGGGUGGUGUGGCACAGUGUGAUAACCAGUUGCAGAUCAACAGCACCCAAGCAGGAGCAACCUGGAAAACUGAUCUGCAGUCCCCCAGAGUAGAAUGCAAAUAGUCCACAAACUGAAGUUUAUGGGUGUGUGUGUGUAUGUAUGUAUGUAUGUAUGUAUGUAUGUAUAUAUGUGUGUAUAUAUAUAUAUAUUAAUUUUUUUUUUUGUGUGUUAUUUAUUUUAUUUUAUGUUUUGGUUUUGUUCUGCAUCUCCUCUUCUGUCAUAUGGUCAAAAUUCAGACGCCCUGAAAUGUAAUUUUUUUUUUAUUAUCAAAUGAAGUAGUUCUGCUGAAACAACUUAUUUCAUUAUGCAGAAGUCUAGUUUCUAGUAAGUGUGUGUGCAUUUCUGAGAAGCAUCGGUGUGUUUAAUGUAAGGAGUAUUUUUGUGGAGUGUCAGUAUGUGAAUGUGGGGUUCAUUGCUGAUGAGGGUCAGUGAAUGACUUUUAGGUGUAUUUCUGUGAAAUGUCAGUGUGUGCUUAUAGUUUUCUAUUCCCACCCUCCUUUUUUCUUUCCUGCAAUCCCUUCCCUCUAGUUCUUCUUUCUAAUUUCAUAAUCUCCCCUCUCUCCACCUUGUCAUGUAAUUACUCUCUCCUGGUCUGAAUUAAACAAAUGAUUUAUUUAUUGUUUUAGUCCUCUGUUCUACCUACAGGUUUGUAUUCCUAGCACUAUAGUGUUCCUUAAUCCAGAGCUGGGCAAAGCUCCCUAAACCGGUUUCCAUGCCUCGUUGACAUAAUUAUGGCCCACUCCUGGUCCAAUGGUAGCAUUUGAUUAGAACAUUCUAACAUGGGAAACUGACAGGUUCACACCCUGAAAUCUCUCGAACCUGAACGCAGACCGCAUGUCGGGUACAUGAUGGCCACCAAGCACCAACCACUGCAACUCCAUGUAAGCUUAGAAACACGGGCAUGGAGAGAGCGCUUUAAAGCUCAAUUUGACGGCAUAUGCUGGGACUUCUGGAGGCGCAUAGAGCACAACUUCACCCACACCGCUGUGUCUGCCACAAGGAGAGUGAGAGCUGGAACGGUGGCUCCUAAGCCCAAAGCACAUACCGAUAAGUAGUGCUCUCGCCGACUGGCCUGCCGGCAGACCCACCAAGCACAGAAUUGCAUGGCGGUACGACGCCAGCCAUCAUGCAAGCUUCCACCUCGCAGCUACAUUCCUACAUGGCUCUUACAGGAGAGAAGACUCCAAGCUAGCAUGCCAGUCAGUUGGAGACCUCAUAUGGCGCACUCCCUCACGGGCACAGAGAUGGCAUGGCCCCAGCUACCGGACUCUGUGACGGCGAGAUCGGGGAGGUAUAUGACCACACAGGCACUUGGGACUGGCGGCGCUCUCAGCUACAGGAAGACGGACUCAGAUUUAUAGGGUUUGGCAAGCUGCCACUAGUGGGCAUUGGUUAAGCGGUCUCAGACUAUGGCUACAGGCCAUUUAAUGCACAGCUUACCCCUAACAAUCUAUUUGUCUGACCUGUUUCCCAGUGACACCUACUGAAACUGACAAUUAGCCUUUAAGCCAGCCAACCUAUGUAAAUGUAUUGUAUGACAUGUUAUUUCACACUGUUGGUCCCUAUUCUCAUAAGGGUUCACCCCGGUUGCUGAAAUGCUAAAUACCUAGCGGCUACUAGACGCCUGCCUCAAUCUGGCUUGUUCAUUUACUUAAUCAUUUUAUAAUCUACAUGUUAGAUAUUUCUUAUUUUUUUAACCUCCUGCCUUGUCUCUCCCACCAACAUUUAUACUCAGGCAUUUUCUAUACUGCAGUAAUCUAUAGCAACGCAGUCAUUCAUCAUUUAUGUUUAGCUUGAUAUUAUUAAGCUUGUUUAUGUUUAAAAACGUGCACACACUCAUGCCAAUGCCAAGCCUGUAUGUACCUAUAUGUACGGGUGGCGCUUGACAAAAGCCUGUACUCAAACAAAAAAUAUGCAGUUAUUUAUGCCACUGUUUAACCUGUUUAUAUAAUACAUGUGUACGCUGUUGUGGUGUUUAUCAAUGUUUUUGUACCCGCCUGCGCAACAAAAAUAAAGGGGAAAAAUGAAACUGUAUAUAGAUCAUGCUACUGCAUUGUCUCUGCUCAGUUCUUUUACUUGUGGGUUAAAUCACUUUGUUUAUACUGAUCUUUCGACCCCAAUAAAGCAUGCACUCUUAUUUAAAUAAAUAAAUAAAAUGUUGAGGAAGGACCUAUUUAUCAGUUCUUAUUGUUCAGUGGCAUAUUGUUGUACACACACAAAGGUGCACUUUUUCCAUAAAGUUAAAAGUAAUCUUAGGAAGCCACUGAAUUCUAUGCUCUGCUUUGAGAAGCAUUUGAUCGGAUUAACGUGGGUCUUGCUGUGCAUGUGCUUCUCGUAUCUAACGUUUCAAGCAUUUUAUUGGACAAAAUGAAAAGGAUACAGCUUCCAAGAAGACUUUGAGAGUCAAUAAAAAGGGACUUUUUUAUUUAUUUUAUUUUAUUUUUCUACACCUGGGGUGGUGUGUGUGUGUGUGUGUGUGUGUAUAUAUGUAUGUAUGUAUGUGUAUAUGUAUGUAUGUGUGUGUGUAUGUAUGUAUAUGUGUGUGUAUGUAUAUAUGUAUAUAUAUAUAUAUAUGUGUAUAUAUAUAUAUAUAUAUAUAUAUAUAUAUACACAAUUUUUUAUUUUUAUUAUAUAUAUUUUUGUCAUGACCAUUUUACUUCACAUGAGACUAGUAUUGUUUGCUGAGAGCUCAUUACAAGUUCUGCUGCACAGCAUGCCACUACACAGCAAAUGCAGGAACUUCACACAUGAUAUUUGGUGCAUUAAAAAAUGGCCCUCUCGACCCUGGAACAUUCCUUUUUUAAAGCUGAAAUCUUGCUGGACAGAAGAUUUGACUCUUAUUGAUAUGUUGGAACGUUGCCUCCUUGUCCUGCAGGCAUACUUUCUAAUGAGUAACUUCUACAUAUCCAUCAUACGGCAUGUGAUAUAGCAUGUGACUGGGAGAGACAAAUUUGUUCCAUAGUCAGCAUAAUAUAUAAUUAAACAAAAUGUGAACAUCUGAGGAUCCCAUGAAUACUGCUUCAGUGUGUGUGUGUGUGUGACAGUGACACCCGGAAGCAUGGCAGGCAUUGCAAGGAAUUGUGGCGUACAUCCUCACGUAGCCGGAUUAAGGUUGCCUUGGGGCCCCUCCUAGAGCUAAACAGUGCUAAACAUGCGUGACAAACUGUGUGCAGAACAGUAAAAUGAACAAAUGUAAACUUCAUUUGCACUUUUAAGUUUAUUGGAGUUCACUUCAUAUUAAUAAAAUUAUAUUUAAAAAAACAAAACAUUUUUACAGUUGGAAAGUUUGCGGUGUACCCUUUUUAUGUAUUUUGUUUUUAUUUUGUUAUACUUUUGUAGUCACAAAGUUUUAUUGGGUCGCUGCACAUUGCUAAAAGGUUUCUCACAAAGAGAGUGUGUGUCCGUGUCUUAUGUUAACUGAACGUCCAGUUCGGGUAUAGAUAUCUGGUGUAGACAACUUUUUAAAAGCAACCACUUGGUUUCAGUGCUCUGUCAGGGACUCUGAGCACCUGCUGCAGUACUCUGAGUCAUCAAGAAGCACCAGGAGACUGCCCCUCAUGUGAAUCCACACCAGACUCUGGUUGUCCAGUGAUGUGCUUCUGCAGAGAUGCAGAACCCACAGCAGUCCACAUUCAUUGGCUGAUAGACCACUUUCAGCCAAUGGUGUAAUUCUGUGUAACUAUGCCCCCCCAUAUUACCCUUCCAGAGGUGGAGUUACAUCUCUGGCAGCAGAGGGGUAAAUCUUUUGUAUGUACAGUGUUUCAAAGCGAAAUGCUGCACAAACAGAUUCUAGGGACCAUGACCACUUAAAAUCACUGAAGUGGUUAUGGUACUUACAGUGACCCUUAAAAUCGGUUCCCUACAACUCUCUUGUUGAGGCUUAUUUUUUUUUCUGACAAACUUUAGUAAUGCUCAGCAUGCAGUAUGAUGCCUUAGAUCUGUGGAACUUUUGAGCUAAACAUUCUCCUUUUGGAGGCCAAUGAUUUCCGCAUAAAUAAAAUUCAUUAAGUGGAAUUUGUUUGAGUGCCAAGUUUUAGAAACUGAAUUCUAGCUUUUUAAACCUGCAUUACAAAAAAAUUCAAAAAUUGUGGUAUUUAAUAAAUUCUGGUUUAAGUGUCUCCUCUCUAUGCGCAAGUAACUGAACUUUCACUAAGUCCGAAAAGUGCUAACAUAGUUAAGAUUCUUGUGUUUCACUUGCAUAAGUGUAUUUUGUGUGUGAAGUGUUUCAUAAAUUUACUAACAUACCUCAGGCAUUAGAAGAACUAAUAAUAAAUCACAAAGGUGCAAAAUAGUUUAAUUACCUUUUUAAACCUGUACAUCGAGAUGCCUUACUGCAUCGUAAAAUGGGGAAAUUCUAAAUAGCAGGGUAAUUAAGAGAACUUUGGCUUAGAGGUGGAAAAUGAUUUGUGAUAUUUAUUUAGUAAAGGUCAACUGUCGCCAAAAACCUGUUUACUCCUCAAAAUAAUAGAUUUUUGUUUUAGAACUGUGGGGUCUGUGGCACCAGAACAAAAUGCCGGAAUUGUGGUAUGCAUACUCCCUCAUGAACGAAUUUUGGGCUGAUCGGUAAUAAUUCAAUUACCGCAUUCCAAUGCUAAAUGUAGCCGAUUCACCAUCCAGCUGAAUCGAGCAGUGGCUGAGCAUGUUGGUUUUGUUACUGGAGUUUGGAUUCUGCUCUUGGCGCCAAAAAAGUACAUGGUUAACAUAGGUGAAAGAUGAUUGGCUAAGGAAUGGUCCCUAAUGUUGAUUUUUAUUCACAGAUUAAGCGAGAAGUGACCAAUAGAGGGAAUGUGGGAAGGAGCAUUUGAAAAAUAAAUUAAUAAAAAAACAAAAAACUGAAAUUGACGGUUUCACCACUUUUUCCCUCUGUUGUUCACUUGAUCUGUGAACCAAAUGGCGGGAAGAUGCUCCUAUCAGUAUACUGAAAAAUAUAUACAUGAUAGUUGGGUAUGUGUAUUCCAGUCCACUGAUUGGCCCACUUUUGAUUUGUGUGGUUUCUUACCAAAAUUUUGACAAACCAAGCUGCAAUUUGCCCAAAUAUGGCCAUUCCAAAAAAAAAAAAAAAAUUGGGGGUGGGGGAGCUGUGAAUAUGGUUUGGCUAGACUAAUUUUCUCACUGUGCACAUGGUUAGUCUGUGGUAUACUUGGUCACCUCUGCUUUAAGUGUGAAAUCAUGACUUAUGUCCCAGUUGUAUUUUGUGUAACAUGGUCACAUAUUUGUGAUAAGAGGAGACCCACUAACUGUGAUAUGAGGAUUAUACCCACUCUGGUUGGUAUAGAACCAGCAUCUUAACCUAUUUUUUUUUUUGUAACAGAACACAAGGCAUCAUACCACAAUCUCUGGUUUCCCUUCAGAUUUUAUACGAUGACCUCUGAUAUGAUGCCUUGUUCACAGUGUGUCACAUAAGUGUAAUAUACCCUACUAUUUUAUGACACUUGUGACAUUGGUGUAUUAUAACUUCUGAAUAUUCAAUCAUUCUCUACUACUAGAAUGUGGCCCGACAUUUUUUUUAGAUUGUGUUCAGAUGAUCAUCUGUAUAUUUUUGUGAUGAUGAAUUUAGAGUCCCUUUAAGAUACAUUAAUCUGUUUUACUUAAACAUAACCACUGCAGCUCAUGGUAGCGGUUAAGGUGCACAGAAUAUUUUGGGUCUUCACUUUAUCUGUCUAGCCUUAGAUGGAAACGACUAUUUGACUGUGAGAGUGGAAGGUGGCUUAUUCCAACAAUUGCAGCCUGACUUUGCUGUUGGAUGGAUUGCUAUAAUUGGAGAGUUCACAUAAUCUAAGAAACAAUAUAGAGAUAUAGUGUGUGUGUCUGUGGAUUUAAAAAAAAAAAAAAAAAAAAAAAUCUUUUUUUUUUCUUUCAAGCGUCUCAAACUGUGAUUGCAGAAUCUUUCUCUUUCUGGCCCACCUUGUACGUUUGAUCUGCAGUCUGUGUUCUACACUCAUGCAGUAUAUUUCUGUGUGUUCCCAGGUUCCAGGUCGAUCUGCAGUCUGGUUGCAGCACUAGUCCACGGGCCGACGUAGCAUUCCAUUUUAACCCCCGGUUUUCUUCCUCUGAAACCCAUGUCAUCUGUAAUACUCUGCGGAAGGACCAGUGGCUUGAUGAGAUUCGCUUUUCAAAGAUCCCCCUCCACAAAGCUCAGUCUUUUCAAAUAGUCUUCCUGUUUCUUGCAGACAGAAUUAAGGUGAGCUAAACGUAAGAAAAACAUAUAUACGCUGAUUUAUAAUGUUCAGUGUUAGUUUUAUUAUCUGUGCGUAUUAUGUAGUGCACUGCUGUUUAGUGUGCAAUGAUUAUGAUUUAAUCUUCCUCUCCAGGUCAGCGUUGGAGGUCAACAUAUCCUAGAUUUUGUCCACCGUCUCCCUCUUAGUGAUGUUGAUACAUUCGGGAUCUAUGGGGAUGUUGCCGUCAAGGAUAUAUCGUUUCUCUGUAGUAAUGCAAGUAUCAGACACCUGGGACAGUCAUGUAUACACACAGUGGUCAUGGAAUAUACAGUAUAUGAUCAUUUUGUUUAUAGAACUAUAUUCUUUGUUAAAGGAGUGUUAGGAAUACAAAGAUUAAUUCCUAGCACUAACAUGUUCCACUGCCCUUGCGGGCUCACCCCCACCUCUCUUUCGGCGAUGUAAAGGGUUAAAUAACACAUUAUUCACUUUUUCGAUUCAAACAUCGAUGUCCCUCAGCUCAGGGUCUUGUUCCACUUCCUCGGAAUCAGCUGAUGGGGGACCUAAUGCAGAAGCGCUGCAUUGUCUCUGCUUUCUAUGGGGUUUUUCAUGACUCUGAAUGUCCUCAUGCAGAAUGUGAGGGCGUGACACUCCAGGAAGCGCCUAUAGUGGCUGCCUGGUAGAUUGUCACUAGAGACAGUCUUAUUACUGCAAUGGAAACCUAGCAUUUUCUCUAAAACUGCAGUGCUUUACAUAGCAGACCAAGUGGGACAAUGAGAUGAAGUGGUCUUGGUGCCUGCAGUGCCCCUUUAGAGGACCACUCUAGGCACCCAGACCACUUCAGCUUAAUGAAGUGGUCUGUGUGCCAGGUUCCUCUAGGAUUAACUUCAGCCGAAGGAGAGGAGGAGGAGAGCGCCCGGCGCUGGAAAAAAGCUAAGUUUAACCCCUUUCCUCGGAUGGGGGCACCAAAAUGUUUUCCUGGCACUAUAGUGGUCCUUUAAGUACUGUGAUGUCUGUUUACAUUUGACCGAAAGUCAAAUAGCACUAGCGUUUGGAAUCACAUCUGAUUCCUCUUAAAUAUAACACACCAGACUAUUGAACAAGGCAUGUGCAAUCAAUGCUUUAUAUCACAUGCCCUCAAUUUCAACGGCAUAUCAUGCUUAAAGGGACACUACAGGCACCCAGACCAUUUCAGCUCAUUGAAGUGUUGUGGGUACAGUGUCCCUAUUGCCCUUAUUGCUGCAAGGUUUUGUGCCUUUUUUUAUUUCUCCCAGUGUUUCAUUUUAUUAUUCCCUUGUUUGUAUAUAUAUAUAUAUAUAUUAUUAAUACAGGAUACUGACCUAAUUUACAAUUGUGCAUCAUAGAGAAUAGAUUCCUUCUUGAUUUCACAAUCCGAUUUGUCACCAUCCUUGACGUCAUCUGUAUUUUGUAUUCUUAUUGUUUUAAUAUACAUUUUUUUAGAUUCUAAAUUAAUCCUUGUGGCAGAACAUUCCCAUUAUUUUUUAUUCGUACUGAACUAUUUCUUCUGCUGUCACAAUGAAGGAUGACCUCUUACCCUUUCUGUAGUCUCAUUAAAGGCUCUCUUCUCAUUUUGUUCUCCCUAAGGAACAGAUCUUUACUGUCACUGUCAUACUUAUAUAUUUUUUCCUCCUUUGCAGCCAUAUCAUGAUGAACUGACAGAGUAUCCAGUGUGCCAGGUAACCGUAUUUUCUUGUUUUAUUUUAAUGUUUGCAGUGUCUAAACUAGACACAAGGUGGCAGUCUCUUCAUGAAUCUAUGAUUAACGGCAAUCUGAACCCUCUUCAUACACCAGCAUUAAUUAACCCACCGAUUACCAGUGAAAAGGGUUUAUGUAAAGUGCAAUUCAAGAGCAACAUGUAGGUGUAGCAGUCUGCCAGAACACACCUUUGGCAUUUUUUUUUAAAUGUAAAUAAUAUUUAUUCACAGAUACAUGAUAUAUACAAAUAAAAGAAAAGGGGGAAUAAAGGAACAGUCUUACAUUUUUCAACAAUUGAAUAAUAAAACGUUAACAUUCCUAUUGGAAGUGUAUUAUAUUAUUUUUAUUUUUUUCUCUCUCUCUCGUGCACGCACCCAGGCUUCAAUAGUUAUUUAUUCAAUUUUCUUUUUAACUUUGUCUUAGAAUCUAUAUUUCUGUUGUUAUUAUUUUAUUAUUAUUUUAUUUAUAUAGCGCCAACAAAUUCCGUAGCGCUGUACAAUGGGUGGACUAACGGACACAUAAUUGAGAUCAGACCACUGACGUACAGGAACAGAGGGGGUUGAGGGCCCUGCUCGAUGAGCUUACAUGCUAGAGGGAGUGGGGUAUAGUGACACAAAGGGUUAAAGUAGGGGAAUUAAAUAGUUUGUUACAGAAGGGUUUGAGUGCUUGGUAGAUCAUUUUUGACAAGUGAAGGAACGGAGUCAUGGGGUGGGGGAUGAGAAACCUGCUGACAGUUUAAUUGAUACGCUUUAAUGAAGAAGUGAGUUUUCAAAGCUUUUUUGAAGGAAUGGAGGCUGGGUGAAAGUCUGAUUGAGGAGGGAAGGGAGUUCCACAGAAUAGGUGCAGCCCUGGAGAAGUCUUGAAGGCGAGCAUCAGAGGUGGGGAUCCGGGCAGAGGAUAGGAGUAGGUCUUGGGCUGAGCGCAGGGGUCUCGACAGGACAUACUUGUGUAUGAGGGAGGAUAGGUAUGUUGGAGCAGCAUUAUGUAGGGAUUUGUAAGCAAGCACCAGAAUUUUGAAUUGGGCCCUGUAUCUAACUGGAAGCCAAUGCAGGGACUGACAGAGCGUGGAGGCGUGGGAGGUGCGACCGGUCAGGAAAAUAAGCCUCGCAGCCGUAUUCAUUAUAGAUUGCAGCGGUGCAAGCUGGGAACAUGUAAGACCGGUGAGAAGGGGAUUGCAAUAGUCAAGGCGAGAGAGAACAACAGCAUGAACCAGUACCUUAGCCGCGUCCGGCGUUAGAUAUGGGCGGAUGCGCGCUAUGUUCUUGAGUUGGAAGCGACAGGAUUUGGCUAUCGAUUGAACAUGGGGAGUAAAAGAGAGAUCAGAAUCAAAAAGAACUCCUAGGCAGCGAGCCUGGGAGGUAGAGGUGAUAGUAGCGCCGUUGACUUGGAUGGAGACAGACACAGGAGUAGCAGCACUUGAGGGAGGAAAAACUAGAAGUUCUGUUUUGGACAGGUUGAGUUUAAGGAAGUGAGCAGCCAUCCAGUUGGAAAUAGCAGAGAGGCAGUCAGAAACACGAGUCAAGGUGGGCGGAGAGAGAUCAGGGGAGGACAGGUAGAUUUGCGUGUCAUCUGCAUAUAAAUGGUAUUGGACGCCAAAAGAGCUGAUGAGUUUACCAAGGGAGGCAGUAUAGAUAGAGAACAGUAGGGGGCCGAGGACAGAACCUUGGGGGACGUCGACAGGGAGGGGUUGGGGAGAAGAGGCAGAGCCAGAGAAAGAAACAAUGAAGGAGUGCUGGGAGAGGUAGGAGGAGCACCAGGAGAGAGCAGAAUCCCGUAGACCAAAGUUACGGAGAAUGUGAAGAAGCUGUUGAUGAUCAACAGUGUCAAAGGCGGCAGAAGGAUCAAGGAGGAUAAGGAUAGAGUAUUCGCCGCGAGAUUUAGCAGCAAUUAAAUCGUUGGAUACUUUGGUCACAGCAGUUUCGACAGAGUGACCAGCGCGGAAUCCAGACUGAAGGGGGUCAAGCAGAGAGUUGGAUUCAAGAAAGUCUGUCAAUCUGGCGUAGACAACUCUCUCGAGGAUCUUGGAGGCAAAUGGCAGUAGCGAGAUAGGGCGGUAGUUGGAUGGGGAGUUGGGAUCAAGGUUGGGCUUUUUCAGAAUUGGGGUUACGGUUGCAUGUUUGAAGGCAGAGGGAAAUGUGCCAGAGGAAAGGGAGAGAUUGAAAAUGUUAGCGAGAGGAAGAGCAAGAGAGGGAGACAAAGUGUGGAUGAAACGCGAGGGAAUAGGAUCGAGGGAGCAGGUGGUGGGGCGGGAGGACAGGAGCAGAGCAGAAACCUCUUUUAACUCUUUAACUCCUAUAGAAUCUAUAUGAUCAUAUAAUCCUGCACAACUUAAUUAAAUGUUUUUUUUUUGUUUGUUUUUUGUUUUUCCAGCCUCUGAAACUUGGCAGUGCAGCCCUGGUAAGUUUACUCUAUGGUGUCAUGUGAGUGGAGUUUGAGUGCACAGGUGGAGGUGUUAGUGGUGUGUAAAUGGAGGCCAAUAUCUUUAUUGCUGUUUUUUGUUUUAGGGUUUUUAGAUUUAUUUACAUAUUUUAUAUUUUUCUCAGAAAGAUGAGUUGUUAAUAUUAACCCUGAUAUUGGUUUUGGUGUCGCUUUUUCAAUCUAGGUGACUAUUGCUCCAUUCAGGUAUGAUAGACGUUACCAACAGACGUCCGUAGCGUGUAGAGGACAGAGAUUUUGUUGCAAGUUUAUUUUAGAAACCGUUUUAGUUAAGUAUUCUAGCCGAUAACCUUUAAUGAUUACUAAAAUACUUCAGUGUUCGGGGAUCCAGAGGGUACUGCAUGAAUAUUUCAGGACAAAUGAGACCAUGACAGUGUAACACUGCUUUGACUCAAGCAACAUUGUAGUGUGUGUGUGUGUGUGUGUGUGUGUAUAUAUAAAUUUUAUGAUCUCAUUGGUCACGAUAUGUGCUACAUUGUUCAUUGUGUGUAACAUCUCCUUUACUAUAUUGUAGGAAACGCCUCUGUUGAUGAGUCUGCCUGAUGGUCUCUCAGAAGGUCACCUGAUUAAAGUGCGAGGUUUGGUUUUAGAGGACCCAGAUAAGUAAGAUUUAUUUUUAUUUAAAUCCUGCAUAGUCUUUAGGUAACUCUCAAACUGACUUUUGAACUACAACUCCAGUGAUGCUCACUCAAUAUAUGUAGAGCUUAUGUUGCUUUUACAGAACAGAGUACUAUUGGAGGGUCGAGGGCUAUAAUUAGCAAACCUCUGGAUCGCUUCCUGUUUUCUUCCUUCCUUUUGUGUUGGGACAUGAGGGUUGUCAAACAAUGACAAAUGCAUUUUUAAAGUACCAAACACCAGAAUUCUAAAUUGAUCUGGGCUUUAUUUUGUUAACCCCUUAAGGACACAUGACAUGUAUGACAUGUCAUGAUUCCCUUUUAUUCCAGAAGUUUGGUCCUUAAGGGGUUAAAGGGAUACAACAAGCAGGAACUGAUCCCCUAAUUUCUAAUGCAAUAACACACGAGAAGGACUUGGGAAUUGUUGUAGACCACAAACAAUGCAACAAUGUGCAAUGUCAAUCAGCAGUGGCUAAGGCCAGUGAGAUAUUGUCAUACAUUAAUUCUCGGGAUGAGAAUAUAAUUUUGCCUCUUUAUAAAUCAUUGGUAAGACCACAUCUUAUCACACCUUGAAUAUGCUGUGCAAUUUUGGGCUCCUGUUCUAAAGAAGGAUAUCAUGGCACUGGAAAAAGUGUAAGGCGGGCUACAAAAUUAAUAAAAGGAAUGAAAUAUUUUAACUACAAAGAAAGGUUAACAAAUUUAAACCUCUUUAGUUUAGAAAAACGUUGCCUAAGAGGGGAUAUGAUAACAUUAUAUAAAUAUAUCCGCGGCCAAUACAAACCAUUGUGUGAAAAUCUACUCCCAAAAACAGUACUACACAUAGAACACAAGAUUGUGCGUUUAGACUAGAAGAAAUAAGAUUCAGUCUAAGGCAAAGGAAAGGUGUGUUUUUGUUUUUUUUAUCAUAAGAACAAUAAGGAUGUGGAAUUCUCAGCCUGAAGAAGUGCUUUUAUCAGAGUCUGUACAGAUAUUUAUAUUAUAUAAUCUUUCAACUGUAGCUUCUUGUUCCAAGGAUAAAUCUGACUGCCAUUCUGGGGUCAAGAGGGCAUUUUGUUCCCCCUAGUUUGUUGCAAAAUUGGAAGUGCUUCAAACUGUGGGGUUUGUUUUUUUUUUUUUUUUGCCUUCUUUUGGAUCAACUGCAAAAAACAAAUGUGAGGAAGGCUGAACUUGAUGAACACGUGUCUUUCAGCCUAUAACUAUCAAAUUAGAAGAUAACAUAGCAAAAAUAAAGUAAGAAAAAACCCCAAAGUUCUUAUAGCUCCUUUAACUGCCCAGGUGACUGCUGCAGCUGACUGGCCCCUACCUCCAAUCAGAGUUUUUCCUCCAAUCGGAAUCCUUUUUUUGAUAUCUCAUCCUGUUCCAAUUACAUUUGUCUAGUAGAGCUCUAUUUAUUUAAUACAAGUAGUUUAAUCUCAGUAUUAACUGAUAGCAGCUGCGUAUAGCUGAUAUCUCUUUAUACAUGUUGAGCUUAUCUUUUGUAACCUGUGCGUUUGUGCAGAGUGUGUUGGUAGUUGUGUGUAAGGUCUAGGGGGCAGACCUAUAGCUCAGGUGAUUUUUCCUUUUAUUUUAGCCAUAUCACUGUAGUGAAGAAGCAUCAAAUGGCUGAGUUGGAUAAUUCCAAUGUGGUUAAUUUGGCCUGAUGUGGUUUCUUUGUCAGUUGUUCAGCACCUUAUUUAGCGAUUAAACCCCAGAGAGCGCAAAGCUGCAUAGAUGGUGUCACCAAUACCGUCCCAGUGUGAGAUACCAGUCUUCAAAAAUUUUUGUCUGCAAUUAUAUUGAAUUUUUUUUUUUUUUUUGUCACAGGGCUGCCACUUGCUGUAUUUUGACAAUUACAUUUAAUGUGCAGCCAAUGCAACUUGCCCUAUGACAAAAAAAUGUCAGCUAUAUAUUGCAGAUUGUGGUAAUAGUGAUAAGUGGAUGAGACGGCGCUAAACAACUCAAGGCAGCAACCCUUAAAGGGGAAUCCCUCUAGAUACCCUUAAAACAAGAUAAGUAAAAGUAACAAUAAAAAAGGCUGCGCCACAUAAAAUAAAAAUAAGAUAAAAACCAAUAAGAGUCCAAAUUGUGAGUCCUUACGGAUAUUCUUAUUGGGAGGCUGGUAGGAUGGUUGAUUCUUCAAAUAUAAUGGUGGGUCCUCUUAUAUGAAAGAGAGAAAAGACGGACAACCAAUGGUGCAGUAUAUCAAGUCCAAAUUGUGACGUAUUGAGAGAUAAUAAUGGAACACUCACAUUUACAAGAGCUUUUGUCCAGCUCUGAGAUAAGGCGCGCACACAGCGGUAUGAUCCCCGCUUAUAUGCUAUAUGUGGUAGGAUAUCUCUCCGUCAGGGAUGAUCAGUUCUCGGAAGGAAGAAGAGUCAACCAGUAGUGCUCACUGUAUAGUGGUGAUGGUAUAAAUUGAAUAAAAAACGUACUUACAAAUAGAGAGCAGGCGAACUGCUCUAUGAUGACAGCGUAAGUGGAUUGAUCCCCACUUAAGGAUUUCUUGGGGUACUGGAAUCUUCCAAUUUGUUGGUACAAACCAAUAAGUGGUUAAAAAUAAUAAAAUAAUUCAGUAAAAUAACUAUAAAAAUAAAUAUUAAAAAGCCAGGGUAAAAAUAAAAGAAAUGUGUAUAAAAAGAUAAUUGGCACAAAUAAAUAACCAAAUUAACUUUAAUAAUAAAACACAAUUAAAUAUCCAUAACUCGUUUUGUCACAAAAGACUUUAUCAAAUGCAAUAACCAUUUAAUUAUGGGGCUGUGGCUGACCAGUGGGACCUAGGUAUAUUGUCAAACUGUUUUAACCCCUUAAGGACCAAACUUCUGGAAUAAAAGGGAAUCAUGACAUGUCACACAUGUCAUGUGUCCUUAAGGGGUUAAAUUGUCUUGGCAAACUACAGUGGGAGAAUUCACUUCUAGUACCAGAACCACUUUAGCAAGAUGUACAGGUUAAUUGUGGUUGGAGAGUUUGUUUAAAACAUCAGUUCAGUAUGUCUUUCCUGCUUUCUCACAAUUAUUUGUAUGUCUCUUCUGCUAAUUCGGUCAGCGCUUUUUUAAAAUCAUAAACUCGAUCGACCAUUUUUCUUUAAAAGCAUCACCAUGUUCUGUAGCUCUGUACAUGGACAUGUGCUAGUGGAAUUAUACUAGAAGAGCUCAUGUAACUGGCCUGAUUGGCGUAAUCUCCAUUUAAAUACCCUUGCAUUUCAGGGCAGUGUAUAAUGAGAUUAAUUUUGUUUUGUUUUCAUAGGAUUAAUAUUUGGUUGAAAUCCGGUGAACUUAUUCCCUUCAGUUUGACUGCCAACUUCCAAGACCAAACCUUGUGUUUCAACCACUUAACUGGACAAUCUUGGUCUGAGCCUCAGAAGAUUCAGACCCCUUUUUUCUUAUUUCACGAAGAAAGAUUUUUUGAGGUAAUAGUGUGUAGUGUUUAGUAUUCCUUUCUGACGUAGGCAGGGCUAUUGCAAGGAUUUUUGGCUACAAAGACUAGGCUUUUUUUUUUUUUUUUUUAAAUGCAUAUUUACCUGUGUCGUAACCCCCCCCCUUUUGAAUUUGUUUUUUUACCCUCUUUAUUGUAUUCUAUCUCCCCUUUACUAUGUCUUACACCCUCUUGUGUCCCUUAAAACCCCCCUUGAGGGAGGGGAGAGGGCGACAGGAAAUGGAGGGGGGCACAGAAGCUCUAGAGGUUGAUAGGAGCUGUGGAGGGGGGCACAGGGGCUAUGGUAGGUGGGUAGGACAGGGGCUGCCAAAAAAAUAAAAAGUUUUGAUUUAAAAAAACAAAACAAAAGUAUACCCCCCCCCCCCUGAGGCUUACCUUGGGCCAGGGAGGGGUGAGACAUGAGCUGGAGCCUGCAUCAGGAACACAGCAGCUAUUGAAGUCGGCCGGCCUCUCCUGAUGAUGUCAGGAGGAGGGGGCGUGACUUCCACUUUUUUCUUUUCUUUUAAAAAAAAAAAAAGAGUAAAAAAGUGUCUUUAACCAGUAAUUUAAAUUUAACGAAUAAUUAAACAAAUAAUCUUUGAAAUGCCAGUUAUUGCAGGUAAUUGCCUUACCUGUCACCUGAUAAAUAUGACUUAAAUCAGUGAGGACUAAAACGGUAUGGGACACUCCAGACCUCUAAAGCACUUUAGCUCAAAGAUUUGUGUGUGUAUACUAUUUUUUUUAUAUAUAUAUAUAUAUAUAUAUAUAUAUAUAUCUAUCUCUAUCAUAGUAUGUAAUUUUAUUUUUUUUAUUACACUUUUCUAAAGUAACCUGAUUACGCCCCGUUGACUUUCAAGCAGACAUCACUUCCUGGUUUGGUUAGCUCAGUGGAGCUCAACACAAGAGGCAGCAAUAACUCAGAACCUGCCUUUCAAAGACUUCUUAUUGAACUGCUUUGGGAAAUCUGAUUGGACAGCCAAAGAAAGUCUGGGCAGGGUUAGAAGGGGAGAGCUUGCAAAGGCUUCAGACAAGAAAUCUGCAGCUUUUGCAAAAAAACCUAUUUUUAAAUAUAACCCCAAGGAAAAAAUACAUGGUUAAAUGCAUAAAAGUUUUCAUUGAUCUCCUAAACUGUGAUGUGUUUUUUUGUUUUGUUUUUUAUUAUUAUUAUUUAUUUAUUUUUUUAAUUCUUUUUUUUUCUUUAUUGAUUUUAUAUUUGAGCAGUGGAGUGUACCUUUUUAAAAAAACAAAACCAAAAACAAACAACCACUGUCAUCUUAGAUUUAAGAUUGUUUACCAAAUGGUCUUUUGAAUGGUCUUUUUUUUUUUUUUCUACAGAUUUUAAUCCUGCCUGAAGAUAGGGUUUUCAAGCUUGCCAUUAACGGAACUCCCCUGGGUGAAUUCUUCAUCCCCAGCCUGGAUCUGAAAUCCAUUAAUGAGAUGGAGAUUAACGGGAGAGCCAAGCUGUAUACUGUUCAGUGCUGACACCAUUUCUUAAUACCGAUCAUCCUUUAUCUCCUUAGUGUGUUUUACGCACACUAUUGGCGUAUGGAAUAUGACAGUUUAUCCUGCAAACUUUUCUCUUUCUUCUAUUGAAGAACCACCCCUGAUUGCUACCUGCACGUGGAACCACUAUUUUCAUUGGCUACUAAAGAUACCACUAGCUGUUUUCAUAAUCAUAUGCUAGCUUGACUGCAAGACCUCCAUAACUAUCUGACUUGCCAAGUAAUUUUAUCAUUUACAAAACCAGGCCCUCUGUUCUACGGAACCACCUGUAAGCCUGAAUCGGAGGGGUACUCCUAAGUAUAUGCUCUGUAAUGAAAGAGAGAAACUGAACGAACUUGAGGGAACAAAGCUUUUCAGCUAUGGCAAGCAGAUGUUUGACACUAUAUCAUGCUCUAGCACACCUGUAUAUGUAUAUUGUAUACAUUGAAUAAUGAUUGUUAAUCAUGAACUACAUUUUAGAGCCACACUGUGCCUUUACAAUGACAAAACUGUGCCAUAUUCCUGAAAUGUACAUUUUCUGUCAAAGCAGGCCUAGAUUUUUAAAAAUUAUUUUGUAAUCAUCCAUGCUAUGUACAAGACUAUUACCUCAACUCUUAUUAUGCACCAUAAAGGCAAAGUAUUAUUGGACAUUUCUGCCUACCGAUAUACCUACGUUUUGUAGGCAUGCCAUUGCAGAUUGUCUAAAAACACAAACCUCUUAUUUGCAGUUGUUUUCUACUGAUUGCAUUUGCUCAGGGGCUAUUGGUUUCACCUGUCUGUAAGUGGGAUUGCAAAUAUUAAAAGAAAACAAAUAGCAUCAAAUGAGUGGAGUGCAGCUGUCUGAUUUGUUGUAGUAUGCUCACAUUCAUCAGACAGGAGGUUGUCAACAUUCAUUUUAAAUGUAGUCUAGUGGAAAAAUGACUUACAUUGACGUCUCCAUGGAUAGGUAACAUUCUGUCCCUUACAUACGUACUCUUCAACCAGCGCACCAUAAGC